UAUCUAUUUUCUUAUCAAAAGGAGCUGUGCCGUCAUCAAGACGUGUGGGUCACGUCACAUUUUGGUGUCGUGAAAGUCUGUCUUUUAAAUGACCUAGAAGACGGUCCUAGUGAGUCGCCCUCCAAAAAUAUAUUAAAAUUCUGGUAACCAAAUUUUUAUAAAUUAAAAAGUAAGAGAAAAUGUUCCGAACGAUUAUUUUACGAAGCGAUGUUGCUAAGGACCUUUUGAGAAAAGCCGUACGAGCGAAAACUUUUAGAACUGUUACUAUAGAGUGUGCAAAAAGACAUUAUUGCAGAACUUCACUGCUUGGGGACGGCCGUUCUCAAAUGGUAAGGAAAUGGAGGAUUGCCGAACAAAACCUUAUUCGACACUACUCCAGUGAUCUACCCUCACACACAAGGGUAACCUUGCCAGCACUCUCUCCCACCAUGGAGUUGGGCACCAUCAUCAGCUGGGAAAAAAAAGAAGGAGAUAAACUCAACGAAGGCGAUCUCCUGGCCGAAAUCGAGACAGACAAGGCUACAAUGGGCUUUGAAACUCCAGAGGAGGGUUAUCUAGCCAAAAUUCUAAUCCCAGCUGGCACUAAAGACGUUCCUAUUGGCAAGCUUGUCUGCAUAAUUGUUGAAAGCGAAUCAGACAUUGCUGCCUUUAAAGACUUCAAAGACGACAGUCCCGCAGGCGCAGCGCCGGCACCCAAGCCAACGGUGUCAGCGCCCUCAGCACCAGCACCGCCACCGCCCCUAGCACCUGCGGUAGCAGCUCCACCACCAGCAGCAGCACCUCCAGCUGGUGGAAGGAUUUAUGCAAGUCCCAUGGCCAAGAAGCUGGCUGAACAAAGGAAUAUUAGGUUGCAGGGUAAAGGUACCGGUUUAUUUGGAUCAAUUACAUCUUCAGAUCUUCCAGCGGCCGGCGCAGCGCCUGUUCCUGCUGCUGCGGCUGCUGCCCCCGCAGCCGUUCCGUCUGGAUCUCCGUACAUUGAUAUUCCCGUUAGCGGCAUCAGGGCCACAAUAGCAAAGAGACUGUUGCAGUCGAAGCAGACUAUUCCGCACUAUUAUUUGUCGGUGGAGGUCAACGUCGAUAAGUUGGUGAAGAUCCGGUCUAAAUUCAAUAAGAAAUUGGAGAAGGCUGGGGUCAAGUUGAGCGUCAACGAUUUUAUUAUUAAGGCUGUGGCCCUUGCAAGUGUAAAGGUACCAGAAGCCAACUCGGCGUGGCUAGACUCGGUGAUCCGCCAGUACAACAACGUCGAUGUCAGCGUGGCCGUAUCGACGGACCGGGGUUUGAUCACCCCCAUCGUGUUCCAGGCGGACAGGAAGGGAGUCGCUGAAAUUAGUAAAACGGUCAAGACUCUGGCAGCUAAGGCCCGUGAGGGCAAGCUACAACCGCAGGAAUUCCAGGGCGGUACUAUCAGCGUCUCGAAUCUGGGAAUGUUCGGGGUUAACAACUUCUGUGCUAUCAUUAAUCCCCCUCAGAGCUGUAUCUUAGCAAUAGGAACUACUGUUAAGAGAUUAGUUGCAGACGAUUCGGAAAAAGGGUUUAGUGAAGCAGACUUCUUAACGGUAACCCUAAGCUGCGACCACAGGGUGGUGGACGGGGCUGUAGGAGCACAGUGGCUCAAAGCGUUCAAGGAAUACCUCGAAGAACCGGUGUCUAUGAUCAUCUAAUUCCGCUUCAGUAAAUUUGGACCUUCAGGAAACUCCAUCGAACGUUAUUUAUUGAUGCUGCCAUUGGUCUGAAGAGACUCGUUUAAGUCCUAUAUAUUUUUUUUUUGUAAAAAGUGUUCCAGUCCCUCUAAAGUGCUGUAUGAUAUUUUGAGUCAUAUUGUUUAAUAAGAAUUUAUAAUAAAAUUAUUUAUUUUUAUUAGAAGAUGUGACAAUAAUUACUCGAUUUAGGAAAAUGGAAUUUCAUUGAAACAAUGUAAAUUGCAUUUAAGUAAUAGAUGAUCUUUCACUA